UCCACGGGCUCUCCUGCCUUAGCUGCUCCCAGACCUCGCUCUGACGCUCGUUCUACCUCCGCGGAGGACGUCGGGCCUUCGAGCUGCCCCUCCCGUGGGCCGAGCGCCCGAGGUCACUGCUUUGCCCCGCUCACCUUCGCUGCCGGGCGAGGCAGGGGCCUGGCUAUGACUUGGCCAAUCACCAUUGAUUUAGAUGUUGCCUCAAACCGUGUCUCACGCUGUGGCGAACUCAGGAGGGCAGUUUAUGUUUUGGGGAACCAUCCCAUAGCCAUAACGAAUGCUUUCUGAAGGGACAGGACACCUGGAUCCCAAGAUGGCCGGGCGUAAACUUGCUCUAAAAACCAUUGACUGGGUGUCUUUUGUGGAGAUCAUACCCCGAAACCAAAAGGCAAUUGCAAACUCCCUGAAGUCCUGGAAUGAGACCCUCCACACCAGGUUGGCGAAUCUGUCUGAGAAACCACCAGCGAUUGACUGGGCUUAUUACAAGGCCAAUGUGGCCAAGGCUGGCUUGGUGGAUGAUUUUGAAAAGAAGUAUAAUGCCUUGAAGAUCCCGGUGCCCGAGGAUAAGUACACAGCACUGGUGGACAGCGAGGAGAAGGAGGAUGUGAAGAACUGUGCUGCGUUCGUGUCUGAGUCCCAGGUCAGGAUCCAGGAGUAUGAGAAACAGCUGGAGAAGAUGAAGAACAUCAUCCCCUUUGACCAGAUGACCAUCGAUGACCUGAACGAGGUCUUCCCGGAGACCAAGCUGGACAAGAAGAAGUACCCCUACUGGCCUCAUCAGCCCAUCGAGAACCUGUGAAACAGCCCAGGAGGGAGCCAGCCCUUCAUUCCAGACUCUGGACUUUAAAAUAAAGCAUUUACAUAG